AUGACAAAUUACUAUUCAAAAUGUGUGAAAAAUUACUCGGAGAUUGUCGGUCCGCUUUACGAAUUGCUUCAGAAAAACUCCAAAUGGGAAUGUAGCAAUUUGUGUGAUGAAGCGUUUCGAAAAGUAAAGCGUCGGUUAGUAGAAUCGGAAGUAUUGGUUCAUUAUAACCCGGAAUUACCAAUCAAAAUAUCGUGUGACGCAUCGCCGUUCGGAUUGGGAGCCGUCCUUUCACAUGUUUUCCCAGAUGAGUCGGAAAGACCAGUGACGUUCGCGUCGAGAACGCUCAAUAAGGCGGAAAAGAAUUAUUCCCAAUUGGACAAGGAGGCUCUCGGGUUAAUUUUUGCGGUUCAAGCUAUUGAUGUUGAAAUAAUUCGGGAAGAGACAAAUAAUGAUCCGAUUUUGAGUCACGUUAGAGAUUAUGUAUUGAAUGGUUGGCCGUAUCAGGUGAAUAACAAUCUGAAAGCGUUUAAAAGUAGAGAGAGAAAGCUGACUGCGGAGCAAGGAUGCGUAUUGUGGGGUCACCGUUUUGUUAUACCCCAAUCUUUGCGUGAUGAAUUAUUGAAUGAAUUACAUACCGCGCACGACGGUAUAGUAAGAAUGAAGGCCGUAGCUAGGAGUUAUAUUUGGUGGCCUAAUCUUGACAAAGACAUAGAGAAUAUUGGUAUGUCGUGCAUAUCGUGCCUAAAAGCAACGGAAAACCCGCCUAGAGCAAAACUAAAUUCAUGGAAACGGCCAAGUGGGCCUAAUCGGAGAUUGCACGCCGAUUUUCUAGGUCCGAUUGAAGACAAAAUGUAUAUUGUGAUAAUAGACGCGUUCUCAAAGUGGAUAGACAUUAAAGAACUAGAAAAUAUCACGAGUGGAACUACAAUUGAGGUGUUCAGAGAAAAUUUUUGUGCGUGGGGAUUACCCGUUAAACUUGUAACGGAUAAUGGACCGAGUUUUUGUUCAAAGGAGUUUAGCGAAUUCUUAAAGUCGUAUGGACAAACUAGUCAACAAAGUGGGUUCAGAGGCAAUAGACAAGUUGAUUUUCGUAAAAACGAAACAGUUAUGGCGAAAGAUUACUCUUCGAGUGUUGAUAACUGGAAAGUAUCGCAAAUACGCGAACAAAUAACACCGGUGACCUAUACGGUCUUCACGGAGGACAAUAAAACGUGGAAAAGGCAUGUGGAUCAAAUUAAAAAAUGUAAUUACCGCGUUAGUGAUAAGAGCGAAGCGAAGUCGAUUGUAGGCGCGAAGCCGACAGAUAAUUCAACGGACAUUCCGUUAGAGCCAUCGCCGAUGGGUACUGAGACGGAAACCCCCAUUAACUCGAGAAACAAUCCCGUGGAAAAUACGUCAGCGGAAGUGGCGAAAAAAAAAAAAAACUAA